AUGGCUGCUAAUAACAAUAUUCCUGCAAUUGUCACCAUCGACCUAUCGUCCAGAGUAUCCCUCCACGAACAAACCACGGACCAGCCGGGUGGUGCCAACGACCCUCCAGACUCGCCGUCUUCCCACCAACCAUCCCAUGAUUCUUAUCCCCCCUACCAACGAGGAGCAUAUCUGUCUCCUUAUCCAAACCUAUCUUCGGGCCGUCGGACGUCUUUAGACGUUCCUCGCUCGUUAUCCCCAUCUUCCACUUUUGUAUCAUCUUACGAAGGUUCCAGCUCGGGCGUCCCCCCGUCACCCACGCUAUCUACUCAAUCAUCCGUUCAGUUCAUGACCUCCCUGGAACUUCGUAAUAACAAACCUGAUGAACGGAAUGGCCUAUCUUCUCUCAACAUUCUCAGUCCUUCGGUUGUUGACACUCCCAUUCAUCGACGAAAAGGAAGCUUUGCAACAUUUGCAAGUUCUCACGAGGGUCAUAGUAGCCUAGAUGAGACAGAGCCUGACCAUGGUAGCAAUGACCUCACUUUAUUCCCGCUGCGAAGGCCAAAGUCAGACGCUACCAGCCUUACUGUCACGUCCCCUGCCUAUGUUGACUCUGCUUCCGAACAUUUCAGAUCACGUUCCCAUCCCGAUAAAUUUCCGAGCGAAUCGGAGGUGCACGUCAAAACUGUUAAUCGCACUCUACCACCUCCAGAAGCGUCUUCCCACUGGUCGGGAGGGGGCAUUGCUACAGAAGGAAAGGAUAAUGGAGACGUCAUUGACGACACGGGUUUGGAAGAUGAACCUGUCGAUACAGGUCCGUUCGCAUUUAAACCUUAUAAGCUUGCUAGUCUUCUGGACCCAAAAAACUUGGAUGCUCUCGGGGCUAUGGGUGGCAUAGACACUCUUUUGAAAGGACUCGGUACCCAUCCUACACGUGGUUUAAUGGUCGGUACACCCGACUGCGGAGGGGGCGGUCCGCCCGGCGGCCCACCUGGUGCAGGUGCCGGUGCAUCUCAAAGGCAUGAUAGGCACGUCGCAAUGAAUUCAGGUGCCGUUGAGCCUUUGCCACCGCCUGCUCAGCUGCACCCGCCCGCAUCGGGUGUAGGCGACACCGCAGAGGAUAACUGCGAUCCGUGUCAUGCAACAUUACAGCAACGCAAGCGCGUUUACGGCGAGAAUCUGCUUCCGCAGCGUCCUAGCAAGUCCCUACUUGCCUUAAUGUGGCUAGCUCUCAAAGACAAAGUUCUGGUACUGUUGUCGAUAGCGGCCGUCAUUUCAUUGGCAUUGGGUUUGUUUCAAGAUUUUGGUACGCCUCGUACACCGGGUGAUCCGCCUGUCGACUGGGUCGAAGGCGUAGCGAUUAUGAUUGCGAUACUUAUUGUUGUCAUCGUCGGGUCUCUGAAUGACUGGCAGAAAGAGCGUCAGUUCAAAGCGCUGAACGAGAAGAAGGAAGAAAGGGGUGUCAAGGUCAUUCGCAAUGGCGUUGAACAUGUCAUCGAUGUCAAGGAAGUUGUUGUGGGCGACAUCGCACUUUUGGAACCGGGCGAGAUCGUUCCAUGCGAUGGAAUAUUCUUAUCUGGGCACAACGUGAUGUGUGACGAGUCGGCAGCAACUGGUGAAACCGAUGCUAUUAAGAAGGCGCCAUACUCCCAUUGCAUCGCAUUAAAGGAUGCGCUUGCCUUGCAAGUCGCGAGCGAACAAACCCAUGAUUCCGACGCAAAGGGGACCCCUGGAGGGCAGCAUAUUUCUACGCAUACGGAUUGUUUCAUUGUCAGUGGUAGCAAAAUUCUCGAGGGCGUUGGUCGUUAUGUUGUGGUCGCAGUGGGCACAAAGAGUUUCAAUGGUCGAAUCAUGAUGGCCCUCCGCACGGAUACUGAAAACACCCCCCUCCAACUGAAGCUGAACGUUCUUGCAGAGCUGAUCGCAAAAAUUGGAAGUAUCGCGGGCAUCGUACUCUUUUCUUGCCUUAUGAUCCGAUUCUUUGUCCAACUUGGGACGGGAAAUCCGCAAAGGAACGCGAACGAGAAUGGCAUGACAUUUGUUCAGAUACUCAUUAUCUCGGUUACACUCGUGGUCGUUGCUGUUCCCGAAGGACUUCCUCUCGCAGUGACCCUCGCUCUCGCAUUCGCCACAAAGCGAAUGACGAAGGAAAAUCUCCUCGUUCGCGUCCUUGGCUCAUGCGAGACUAUGGCUAAUGCCUCCGUAAUCUGCACUGACAAAACCGGCACACUCACUCAGAAUGUCAUGUCUGUCGUUGCAGGUUCCAUCGGCGUGCACGCCAAAUUUGUACGCCGUCUUGAACAGAACCAGUCUAGAACGAAUGCGGCGGACGAUCUCGGAUCACGGAGCAGUCAUGAUUCCGCAUCUAACGCUAGCCACAAACGUGAUUUCUCAAUCGAUCAGAGCCAUUUGAACACGAUCCUGUCUCCGCAGCUGCGGAGAUUGUUCAAUGCCGCUAUUGCCGUAAAUUCGACGGCCUUCGAAGACAAAGAUGAGGAGAGUGGAAAGACGGUGUUUGUGGGGAGCAAAACGGAGACGGCGCUGCUGAGUUUUGCGAACGAAUUGGAAUGGAAGAAUUACAGGGAAGUCCGCGAAAAGGCCGAAGUGGUUCAGAUGAUUCCAUUUUCGAGCGAACGCAAAGCGAUGGGUGUGGUCGUGCGGCUGGAAAGCGGGAGUCACAGGCUCUAUGUCAAAGGUGCCAGUGAGAUUCUUACGAAGCUGUGCACACACCACGUCGUCGUGUCUCAGGACGGCCCGCAACCCGACAACGAGAGUGAGGUGGUGGAAGUCGCUGAAAUUCGGGAGCCGCAGCAAGAAAACAUCUCUCGCACGAUUAUAUUUUACGCAAAUCAAACGCUGCGCACCAUCGCAAUCUGCUACCGCGAUUUCGCCAGUUGGCCACCUGCUGGCGUUAUGGUGACUGACAGUCAAGAGGUUCCAUUUGAACACCUGCUUUCCGGGAUGACUCUCAUCGGAAUCGUUGGGAUCGAAGAUCCUCUUCGUGAAGGCGUUCGUGAGGCGGUUGCAGAUUGCCACAAAGCCGGUGUCGCCAUCAAAAUGUGCACGGGUGACAAUGUUCUCACAGCUCGGUCUAUUGCACUCCAAUGUGGCAUAUUUACGCCAGGAGGUAUCAUCAUGGAAGGACCCGUUUUUCGACAACUAGGCGACAAAGAAAUACUCGAUAUAGUUCCGCGGAUUCAGGUCCUCGCCCGCUCAUCCCCCGAUGACAAGAAGCUUCUUGUCGAGAAGCUUCGUGCCCUCGGAGAGAUUGUUGGCGUAACAGGCGAUGGUACGAAUGACGGCCCCGCGCUGAAGACCGCCAACGUGGGCUUUUCAAUGGGCAUUGCCGGUACAGAGGUUGCAAAGGAAGCUUCGGACGUUAUCUUGAUGGAUGAUAACUUCUCCUCGAUCGUCAAGGCUAUCAUGUGGGGGCGCUGUGUUAAUGACGCUGUUCGCAAAUUUCUGCAGUUCCAGAUUUCGACGAACGUAACUGCAGUUGUCGUCACCUUCGUUACGGCUGUUGCAUCCUCGUCCGAGUCGUCGGUUCUCUCGGCCGUUCAGCUGCUGUGGAUCAAUAUCAUUAUGGAUACCUUCGCCGCCCUCGCACUUGCUACGGAUCCUCCGUCCCCCUCACUCCUCGAUCGGAAACCGGAUAAGCUUAGCGCUCCGCUGUUCUCUGUGGAUAUGUACAAGCAAAUCCUCCUCCAGUCUACGUAUCAAAUCAUUAUUGUGCUCAUCUUCCACUUCCUUGGUCUCAAGAUCCUCGGAUUUGAAAGCACGUCUGCGAACGAUACCAUUGUACAGACGUUGGUGUUCAACAUAUUCGUUUUCGCGCAGAUUUUCAACUCCAUCAAUUCGAGGCGGCUGGACAAGCAGCUGAACGUGUUUGAGGGUCUCUUCCGAAACCCCUACUUCGUUAUUAUCACGUUGAUCGCAUUCCAGGUCACCCGUAUUGGAGCUCGCGAAUGGGGGAUUUCCCUCGGGCUUGGCGCCGUUUCUCUCCCGCUUGGAGCCCUGAUUCGCUUGCUACCCAAUGAGCCGUUCGAGCGACUCUUUAUCUCGUCACGGCUCCUUCCUCGCCCAGAAGAACUCCCUACUGUGAAACCGGAUGCCGCUGAAUGGAACUCGGCAAUCGAACUUGUCCGCGACAACCUCGCUACGUUUUCCAAUGUGCGCGGUGGUCGUGUCCGGUCUUCAUCUUUCGUGGGCAAGAGCCGCUCAGCCCGCUUACAAGAACAUCGAAAAGUACCUCUCCCUUCGAUAAUGACGAUGGUGCCUACGCUUAUUGCCUCUUCCAUUGGAGCUGGUUGGGCACCUCAAGCUCGCGGUUCUCUUUCUGACCCUGCGAGGUACGACCCAUCGAGGUCCUCCGCGGCACUCUGGGAGGGCAAGUUUCAGAUCCACCCUGACACGAAGUCGGACGACCCUAUCUUCCAGAAGUGGGGUGGUCGUGGUAAGUUCCAGUCGCCAGUAUAG